AUGAACUACAUGUAUCUGCUCUACGUUCAUCUUCUACUCUCAUAUUUUACGGAGAUACACUCGUCAGCCAAACCAUAUAAAGAGACAAAACCGCAAAAAAAAGAGCUAAAGCCACUCAAAGGACCUCACUCAACUUCAAGGAACGAUGAAGACAACACCCAAAACCGGUUCCUAAGAACGUUCCUCCUCAAUAGGCAGAAACGUCCACGAUCUUCCACAGAAAACUCUUUUCGACGCGUCCGCAAGAUAACGAAAAGACCAACAACGACCACAAACUGUAAAAUAUUCUGCCGCAGUGGUUAUCACCUUCAAAUUCUCCCCAGCGGGGUAGUGAGGGGUACGGUUGACCAGGACAGCGAGUACGUGUUGUUUGAGAUGCAGUCAUUCGGGCCCAGUCUCGUUAGGCUGAUGAGUCCAGCGACGGGCAGGUAUCUAACUAUGAAAAGAGAUGGAACACUUCGUGGGUUGAGAAGCCAAACCACCCGAGACUCGCUCUUCAAAGAGACUCACGAAGAGAACGCGUUUCACUCUUAUGCGUCUUACAGAUAUUACAGAAAACAGCCACACGACAUGUUGGUUGGAAUCAAGAGGAACGGGCAAAUAAAGCGCGCCACGAAGACUUUCCAUGGACAAACUGCUACACAAUUUCUUGUCAUCAAAUUUUGA